UUUUGGUUAUGUUCAUAAUACUGUAAACAAUCAUCAUAACUGACUCCAAUUCCGCCUUUCAAAGUUGAAUGUGAUCUUGAUUGAUCAAUAAUCUGUGUGUAUUUAGUUGCUUCAAAUUAUGUCAUUAUAUUGUACAAUUGCCGUUCAAAAAUUUUUGUGUUGGACAUAAUAUAAUUUUGAUUGAAUAUAAAUCCUGCAAAAAUGUCUGCUGCUGCUAUAGCUAAAGUACAGGAAGUGCGAGAAAUUUCUCGUGUAGAAAGGAUUGGGGCACAUUCUCAUAUUCGUGGUCUUGGGCUAGACGAUAAUAGGGAACCAAGAAAUGUUUCACAAGGAUUAGUUGGUCAACUAAAAGCCCGUAAGGCUAUGGGUGUUGUUUUAGAUAUGAUCAAAGAAGAAAAAAUUGCUGGAAGAUCUGUUUUAUUAGCUGGUGAACCUGGAACAGGUAAAACUGCAAUUGCCAUGGCAUUAGCUCAGGCUCUAGGCUCUGAUACUCCAUUUACAUGUAUGUCAGGAUCAGAAAUUUAUAGUUUAGAAAUGAGUAAAACUGAAGCACUAACUCAAGCUAUCCGUAAAUCAAUAGGUGUACGAAUAAAAGAAGAGAGUGAAAUCAUUGAAGGUGAAGUAGUAGAAUUCCAAAUAGAAAGGCCUGUGACUGGAACAGGAUCUAAAGUAGGAAAAUUGACUAUGAGAACAACAGAUAUGGAAACAGUUUACGAUCUCGGGAAUAAAAUGAUAGAAGCUUUAUUAAAAGAAAAAGUUUUGGCUGGUGAUGUUGUUACUAUUGAUGUUGCUAGUGGUAAAGUCAAUAAAAUUGGACGUUCAUUCACCAGAUCUAGAGAUUAUGAUGCAUCUGGACCACAAACUAGAUUUGUACAGUGCCCUGAAGGAGAACUCCAGAAACGAAAAGAAGUUGUACAUACAGUAACAUUGCAUGAAAUUGAUGUCAUAAAUUCUAGAACUCAUGGAUUUUUAGCCUUGUUCUCAGGUGAUACUGGAGAAAUUAAAUCUGAAGUAAGAGAUCAAAUAAAUUGCAAAGUUAGUGAAUGGCGAGAAGAGGGUAAAGCUGAAUUGUUGGCAGGUGUUCUUUUUAUUGAUGAAGUACACAUGCUAGACAUUGAGUGCUUUUCAUUUUUAAAUAGAGCUCUUGAAAAUGAGAUUGCUCCAAUUGUUAUUACAGCUACAAAUCGAGGAGUAACUAAUAUUCGGGGAACUAAUUAUAAAUCACCUCACGGUGUACCACUAGAUUUGCUUGAUCGUAUGGUUAUUAUAAUGACACAGCCAUAUUCAGAAUCAGAACUAGAACAGAUAUUAAAAAUUAGAGCUGAAGAAGAAGAUUGUGAGAUUUCCAAAGAUGCAUUAGCUAUUUUAGCCAAAAUUAGCAAAUCUACAUCACUUAGGUAUGGCAUUCAAUUGAUUACUACAGCAAAUUUGGUUUGUAGAAAGCGAAAGGCUACAGAAGUUACAAUAGAUGAUGUAAAAAAAGUAUACAGACUAUUUUUAGAUGAAGAACGUUCAACUCAGCUAAUGAAAGAAUACCAAAAAGAAUAUAUGUUUGAUCACUAUGCUAUGGGAGACUCUGAAGAUAAUGAAAAUGAUGAUACUGAAGUUAUGGACGUUCAAAAUAGCAGCUCUUAAGAUUUAUUUUGGUUAUGUGAAUUCUUAUCAUAUUAAAUACCACCUCAUUUUUUAUAAAUCAAACCUUCAAAUUUCAAUGAAUUAAUAAAAGAAUGUAUUUUUUAUGAACUUAAAAAUAAAAUAAAAUUGUAAUCAUG